CUCAGCGGACACUCAGCUCAGUGGACACUCAGCUCUGGACACGAUCAAACCAACAGCAGUGAAAUCUGUCCUCCGUCCUGCAGCUGUCAUUCUUAAGGAAAGUGAAUAUGCCUGAUUAUGAAUUUGAUGACUAUAAUAUGGACUACAACUACACCUAUGAAAACGAUUCAACGCCACACGAGGGGCAUUCUUUUCACCAUGAACCAAUGUGUUUUAAGGAAAUCAUGUGUGUGCUUCUCCUGGUGGUCAGUGUGCUGAUUUUCCUGCUGGGCUUCUGUGGAAAUGCUCUGGUCAUCUGGAUUUCUGGCUUUAAGAUGAAGAAGACGGUCAACACCACGUGGUACUUGAGCCUUGCUAUCUCAGACUUCAUCUUCUGUGCUUUCGUGCCGUUCAGCAUCACCAACAUGGUGAUGGAGGAGUGGAUCUUUGGCCUCUUUUUGUGCAAAUUUACUUCCACUGUGAUGUUCCUCAACAUGUUCAGCAGCAUCUUCCUCCUCGUCAUUAUCAGCAUCGACCGUUGCAUCUCUGUCAUGGCUCCAGUUUGGGCCCAGAACCAGCGCACUGUCAAGAAGGCCUCCGCUGUUGUUUUGCUGGCCUGGACUCUGGCCAUCGGUUUGAGUUUCCCCUCUGUAAUUUUCCGCGACGUUAGAAGCCACCUGGGUCGUACCAUUUGCUUCAACAACUACACAUUAAACCAGCACAGCCACAAGAUAGUUGCACUGAGCCGCUUCUUCGCGGGGUUUGUUGUCCCCUUUCUCAUCAUCAUCAUUUGCUACUCUGCCAUCAUCCUCAAGCUCCGCACCAACAGGAUGGCCAGGUCCUCCAAACCCUUCAGAGUGAUGACCGCACUAGUGGCUGCUUUCUUCAUCUGCUGGCUGCCCUACCACGUGUUUGUGCUACUUGAGCUGAAUCCCCACAGCCUAAAUCAUAAUAUUUUAACCACUGGACUCAAAGUGGGCACAUCUUUGGCAGCCACAAACAGCUUCCUCAACCCAGUGUUGUAUGUUUUCAUGGGCAAAGACUUUAAGCGGAAGUUCAAGAGCUCCGUUUUCUCAAAGAUGGCGAACGCAAUGGGGGAGGAAGAACGCACCAACACCACCAACACCAGCCGGUACCUGUCCAGGUCCAGCUCUGUGGACUGCAGAGCUUCCACACACAUUUAGAGGUAACAGAAAUGGUUUCAGUCCCUGUGCUCAUUUGACAAUGAGAUUGCUGUUUUUCCUGACACGAUUGGUUAAGAGCAGAUAUCUGAUUUAGCUUUGCUUAUGUAAGCACACUCCUGAAGAAUCUGCAAAUCUGAACCAACAUACAAACAUCUUUGUUAAGUCUUCUGUUGCUCUGCACAAUGGAUUCUGCCUCAUUCAGCAGGAGUUUCACAAACAAUGUACAGUAAACAAACUGCUGCACAUGGAUGUAUUUUUGUUCUGAACAUAUAGAAAUCACUUUAGUUUUGCUCAUUUGACAUUUAACUGAUGUGUUAAAGUUUUGCCUGAGCAACAAGGAAAAGUUGAAACAAGUAUGAUGUGGUUUGUUCAUGAUGCCACAGUGUGCCACUAUGUAUAUGUUAUUGAAUGUAUAUCAUAUAUAUCAACAAUAUGACAAAUGAAAAUGAAUGGGUCUAUCUGAAAUUCUGAAAAGAAGUUUAUUGUGUGAGAUGAAUAAAUUCUUAUCUUUCCAACAUCUAACAACAGUAACCACAUAAACCAUAUAGUACAAAUAACACAAACCCAGCUGUUACCACUAAGUGACAACAGCUGUUUGUUGAACAAACAUGUAUUUUUAUUCAUGCGUAAGAAAUUGUAAUUAUGGUUUGUAAUUUCUGAAAUAAAGUUGUUUUUUUAUGCUCCAA